AUGCCUUCACAAUGUGUGCGACGAUUCCACCACCACAGAAGAAACAAGCGUUCUGAAGAAGAGGGUACUGCGAUUGGAGAAGUUGUGAAAAUGUUAGAAGGUGAAGAAAUCACAUGCAAUAGUGAAAAGCUCAAAAAUAUCAUGCUACAAGAAAUAACGAAUGACACGUCUGUGGCCAAACGAAACAUUCAACGAGCCGCCGAAAAAAUACUCAAAGAAGACUUCAACGUGAUUUGCGCCGAAGGGCCAUUCUCGUAUGUUUCACACACGGACACUUAUUGUCAGAUCACUAAGCCGAGUGUAACUUGUUACGCAUUCAAGGCUUAUUGA